ACUUUACUUGGGAGGAGUGGCAGCAGCUGGACUCUGCUCAAAGAAACCUGUACAGGGAUGUGAUGCUAGAGAACUAUAGCAACCUUGUGUCAGUGGGGUAUCCAUCUCUGAAGUCAGAUAAAAUCUUGUUAAAGCAAGGAGAACCAUGGACGGAGGAAGGAGAAAUCUCAAAUUGGGCUUAUCCAGACUUUGAAAUUAGACCUAAAAUGAAAGAAUUAACUCCACAGAAGAGCAUUCCUGAAGAAGUGAUAUUUCAUAAUGUGAUAGUAUACUCAAGUUUUGAAGACUGGAAACUUGGAGGUAAGAUAAAUCACCGAGAAAACCAAGACAAGUUUUUGAAUCAAGUUUCACGCAUUAACAGUGUGUCAGUGACAAAGGGAAUAGACCAUGAAUGUAAUACACUGGAGAAAGUAUUUCACAUGAACUCAACAUCUAAUGAACAUAUCAGAGCCUUCAUGCAGAAGUCACACUUCUUUGCACAACCAAAAAAUCUAACCAGUGAGAAAUCAUAUAAAUGUAUUCAGUGUGGAAAAGCCUUCAGUGGAAAGUCAGGGCUCAUUGUACAUCAGAGAAUUCAUACUGGGGAGAAACCAUUCAAAUGCAAUGAAUGUGGAAAAGCCUUUAUUCAGAAGUCACAACUCACUGUACAUCGGAGAACUCAUACAGGAGAGAAACCCUAUGAAUGUAGUGAAUGUGGGAAAGCAUUCAUCCAGAAGUCAAACCUCAUUAUUCAUCAGAGGAUUCACACAGGGGAGAAACCUUUUGAAUGCAAUGAAUGUGAGAAAGCUUUUAUCAAAAAGUCAACACUUACUGUACAUCAAAGAGCUCAUACUGGGGAGAAACCAUAUGAAUGCACUGAAUGUGGUAAAGCUUUCAUAUGGCGAUCACAGCUCAUUGUACAUCAGAGAAUUCAUACAGGGGAGAAACCCCAUGGAUGUAAUGAGUGUGGAAAAGCCUUCAACAGGAAGUCAGAACUAAGAGUACAUCACAGAAUUCAUACUGGGGAGAAACCCUUUGAAUGUUAUGAAUGUAAAAAAGCCUUCAUUCAGAAGUCAGACCUCAUUGUACAUCAGAGAACUCACACUGGGGACAAAAGGUAUCAGUGCAAUGAAUGUGGGAAAGCCUUCAUACGGAGUUCACAGUUUAUUGAACAUCAGAGAAUUCAUACUGGGGAGAAACCCUAUGAAUGCAGCGAAUGCAGAAAAGCCUUUAUCCAAAAAUCACAACUCAUUGUGCAUCAGAGAAUCCAUACUGGGAUGAAACCAUAUGAGUGCACUGAGUGUGGAAAAGCCUUUAGCAAGAAGUCACACCUCACUGUACAUCAUAGAAUACACACUGGAGAAAAACCUUAUGAAUGCAGUGAAUGUAGAAAAGCUUUCAGCAAGAAAUCUACUCUCAUUUUUCAUCAGAGAAUUCAUGUUGAAUAGAAACCAUUUUAAUUGAAUGAUAAAACUUUAAUUCAGUAAUCAAAAUUUUAUUGCACAUCAUAGAAUUUACAUAGGCUAGAAAUUAUAUGAAUUUACUAAACAUGAGAAACCUUCAAUAAUACUUCCAGGACUAUUAAGCACUAGAAAAUUCAUACUAACAAGCAAGUUUGAAAAAUCAUGUUUCCA